UGCUGGUGGUGAUCUCUGAAAUUGCUCAGUGAGCACUCCUAAUUAACCUGAUUUAUUGCUGAUAAUCACUCACAAUGGAAUCAAAUCAAAAAUCCGGGGAUGAAAUGGCGGCCACCCAGACACAGAAGGAAGCCUCACUGCGCACUCUGAUUCAGCGUACAGGAUAUAGUUUGACUCAGGAAAAUGGACAAAGAAGAUAUGGAGGUCCUCCUCCUGGGUGGGAUGGCCCACCUCCUGAACGAGGAUCUGAAAUCUUUGUUGGCAAACUUCCCCGUGAUCUUUUUGAAGAUGAACUUAUACCAUUAUGUGAAAAGAUAGGAAAAAUCUAUGAAAUGAGAAUGAUGAUGGACUUCAAUGGAAAUAAUAGAGGAUAUGCAUUUGUAACAUUCACUAACAGACAUGAUGCCAGAAAUGCAAUUAAGCAGCUCAAUAAUUAUGAAAUACGAAAUGGAAGAUUGCUAGGGGUCUGUGCAAGUGUGGACAACUGCAGGUUGUUUGUUGGUGGGAUCCCAAAGACCAAAAGGAGAGAAGAAAUCUUAGUUGAGAUGAAAAAAGUCACUGAUGGAGUCAUAGAUGUAAUUGUUUACCCCAGUGCUGCCGAUAAAACAAAAAACCGAGGGUUUGCCUUUGUAGAAUAUGAAAGUCACCGGGCGGCAGCUAUGGCAAGGCGAAAGUUAUUACCAGGACGCAUUCAAUUGUGGGGCCAUCCAAUUGCUGUGGACUGGGCAGAGCCAGAGGUUGAAGUAGAUGAAGAUACAAUGUCAUCAGUUAAAAUUUUAUAUGUCAGAAAUCUUAUGCUUACAACUGCAGAAGAGACAAUAGAGAAAGAAUUCAACAACAUCAAACCAGGAGCAGUUGAACGUGUAAAGAAAAUUAGAGAUUAUGCCUUUGUACAUUUUAACAAUCGUAAUGAUGCAGUGGAAGCAAUGAAUGCAUUAAAUGGCAAGAUUAUAGAUGGCUCUCCCAUAGAAGUAACCUUGGCCAAACCAGUAGACAAAGACAGUUAUGUAAGAUAUACGAGAGGAACAGGCGGGAGAGGAGGGGCCAUACAAGGAGAAUAUACAUACACAAUAGGCCACGUCUAUGACCCCACUACAGCAUACCUUGGAGCACCUGUAUUCUAUGCGCCACCCGCCUACACUACAGCCAUCCCCAGCUUUCAUCUUCCUCCUGCCAAAGGCUAUGUCACCAAUCGUGGUCUGAUCCGACCUCCAUCUGUCAGAGAAAUUUACAUGAGUGUACCUGUAGGGGCUGCAGGCGUUAGAGGCCUGGGAGGACGGGGAUACCUGGCAUAUACUGGCCUGGGCCGUGGAUGUGUGGGAUACCAGAUGAAAGGAGACAAGAGAGAAGAGAAACUCUAUGACAUUUUACCUGGAAUGGAAUUGACACCUAUGAGUGCCGUUGCUUUAAAACCACAAGGCAUCAAACUGGCACCACAGAUUCUGGAAGAAAUUUGCCAAAAGAACAAUUGGGGGCAACCAGUUUAUCAGCUUCACUCUGCACUUGGUCAAGACCAAAGACAGCUGUUUCUGUAUAAGAUUACAAUUCCUGUCCUGGCUAGCCAGAGUCCUGCAAUACAUCCAUUUACACCUCCAAAACUCUGUAUAUCAGUGGAUGAAGCAAAAAAUUAUGCAGCAGAGUAUACGCUUCAGACCUUGGGGAUUCCGACUGAAACGGCAGAACCACCGACAGCCUUUGCAGCAUAUGCCAUUGCCACCUCCCCGGCUGCAGUGGCCGCCACCCAACUGAAACAAGCUGUGGCCUUGGGACAAGACCUUACAGCCUAUGCGGCUUAUGAAGCCUAUCCUGCUUUUGCUGUGGCAGCUCGAGGAGAUGCAUAUGGAACAUUCUAAGAAUUCCCUUCGUUCCAAGUAGAAAACCAUUCUGUGUGCGGUGAAUGUGAAUGAGAGACUGGGUUUUUAAUCUUAUUUUAUUGAAUUUUAUUUCAUUUCUUCUGCUAGCCCCUAUGUCAGUAGUCUGUCAUGAAAGGGUCUACAAGUUAUUCAGUCCAUAGAUUCCUGGUGUGAUUUUAUACUUUAUGUUGGAAUGUCCUCUUUUUCUCAACAAUGAUUUUCUUGACACUUAAAAAUAUUAUCCUGCAGGCCAAGCCUUGAAGACUUUGGAGGACUUUAAGCAUUCAUAAAAUGUUAUUCAUAAAAACACAUAUUUUAUGAUUAUUAGGUUAAUAAUAAUCUUAUGUCUACUUUUCACCGUUAUGUCUAUAUUAGGGAUCGACCAAUUAUCGGUAUGGCAGAUAUUAUCGGCCGAUAAUCACGAUUUUGGCCAUUAUCGGUAUCUGCAAUUACCUUGCCGAUAAGCCGAUAAUGCCCCGCACCGCUAAAAAAUAAGUGCUGAAUUCUGAUUGGUUCCUCUGGACAACUGCUUCAGUUUCGAAAUCUGUCUAAGUUUAUAGUAAUAUUGUUAUGUUAGUUUUUAUUUUUAUAUGGAUUAGGUGUGCAUAAAUCCAAUUCAUUGGACUUUAAAAGGCCAUACUUAAAAAAAGAAGAAAAGAACAGUACAACAUGAAUAUUACAUGGACCAUUAAACAACCUCCAUAUGAGAAAAAAGGGUACAGUAUAGUACUGGACUAAUGUUGCCAAGAGGUUAGCUCUAUGUUUUAUCAUGUCACCAGUACAUUUAGAAGAACACUGGGUAGAUAUUUGCUAAGGCUAGGUUCACUUCUGUGUCGAAAGCCCUAUUGCAGAUCCUGUUUAAAUAUUGGGGCAAAAAACACCACAAGCUGUAUUUUUCAUUUUAAAAUCCAGAAAAUGAUAAACACCAUGCAGAAAUCUUACAGACCCCAUUAGAGUCGAUGUGAUCUUUCGGGAUCCGUUGGUGUCUGUCAUGCAGUGAACCAUUCAUCUCUGUUUACUCCACUUGAACAGAAUUUGUGACAAUGGACCUGAAUGGAGCCUCGGAUGUGUGACCCUAUCCUAACACCUGCUGAUGUUCUUUAUCGAUUUCAAUGCUACUUCAAAGAAUGCAAAAUAAUCUAAUAAAACAAAAACAAAUGUUUUCCCUUCUGCAUCUAUCAAUGAAAAUAGAAUUUAUUAAUGUAAAAAUGCAUCAGAAUUCCCUCAUGUUUAAAAUAUAAUACAUUCUUGCAAAAGUAUGUUAUGGCACGCCAGUCAUGCAUAUUAUUGGAGUAAAAUGGCUCACUAUAGGAUCCUCACAACAUAGCACUUCUGUGUGCAGAGAAACUGUACAUCAGCACAUAGGGUCUGUAUGGGACAGUAUAAGGCUGGGCCACCAAAGUUAUACCGGGAAUGGGAGGACUACAGUACCCAGAAAGAUUAUCAGAAUUAGGGUUAUUUAGUUUAGAAAAAAGAAGGCUUUGGGAAGACCAAAUAACUAUGUAUAAAUAUAUCAGCAGACCUUAUAGAGAACUCUCCCAUGAUCUAUUUAUACCUAGGACUGUAUCAAUAACAAGGGGGCAUCCUCUACGUCUAGACGGGGGUUCUAAGAGCAGUGAGACUGUGGAAUUCUCUGCCAGAGGAGGUGGUCAUGGUGAACUCUGUAAAAUAAUUACUAAGGGGUCUGGAUGCAUUUUUGGAGAAUAAUAACAUUACAGGUUAUGGAUUCUAGAUCUAUAUGGACAGAAGGUUGAUCCAGGGAUCUAUUCUGAUGCCAUAUUUGGAGUCAGAAAUGAAUUUUUACCUAGAGUAUGAGUUUUUGUUUUUGCCUUCCUAUGGAUUAACUCAGUAGGGACUCAUUAGGGUUAUAGGUUGAACUUGAUGGACACUGGUCUUUUUUCGACCUUAUGAACAGUGUUACUAUGUUACAUAUGUGCGGCGUCCGGCACAGUUUCCCUCCAGCGUGCACAGGAGGGAAACUGAUGCCAUAACUGAUCCCAUUCAUUUGAAUGGGACAGUUCACAAUCAUCCAGCAUUUCAAUUUUGAUGCCAGAUGUUUGGACACACCAGAGGACACCAGACAGGGGAACACAACGGCGUUCCUCUGUUCGUUGCCCAGAAACAAUGGAUGCCAUACAACUGAUGACAACUUGUCAUCAGUUGUGGCAUUAGUUGCGUCGAGAUUUAGGCUGAGUUCACCUAUGCUGCAUGCAGGACAUAUGUGAACCCAGCCUUACAGACCCACGAUCACUCUUUGUGCUACCAUAUGGUACCUUCAUUACGUACCACAUUCUACUAGAGAAGAAAUAUUUUGACUAACAAUACCUAUGUAAUAUGGCAUUAGAUUGAUGCUGUAUUUUAUCGAUCAAUUUUAAUAGCAGUUUUUCAAAACUAAGAAACAAUAUUCUACCCAAAAAAUAGUGCAACAUAAGUUGGCACACAGAGUCCUUAUAGUACACACAUCAGCACACAUCUGUGCCAAGUGUCUGAGCCCUAAUACCCUACCAUACCAACAUUCAAGUCUCUGUACACCUGUUAAAGCUGAAAACACAAAAAAACUUGAAAUUAACUGUAUAAAAUAGGUAACUAAAUAUUAGUUGUUCUUUAUCGUUAUGUUUUUUUUUUUUUUUUUAUUGACUUGUCCUGUUUCGGGGGAAUAUAUUGAGCAAUGAAUGUGAACUUAACCAGAGAAUGACCAGCCAAAGUUUAAAGUUUAAACAAAGCUUAAAAAAAACAAAAAACAAAAAAACUGUAUUGAUUCUAAGGUAUAGGACAUUACAAUGUUGUUGGCUGGUCUCUCUUCUUGCAUUCGGAAAAUAACAGCAAAGGUAGCAGUAUUAAAAUGUGCAUGAAGCACUUAAGUUUGUAUAGAUGUUUGUAAAGAACUGUCAUAUUAUGAAUAAAAGGCAAUUCUGUUAUCAAAUAAAAAGAUGUAGCUAUCGUCAAUCUAAUGUAUCUGUAUGGAAAUAUGUGAUUAUGAAAAAUUAUUACAUUCAAUUAUUAAUUGCAUUAUUAAAUGAAAAUGAAUAAAUGAUUGUAAAUAAUAAUUUUAGAUGCCUUUUUACUUCAUUUGUGGCAUAUACUGAUGUAUCAAAACUAGAACUUUAACCGUUAAAGUAGUUUUCCC